AACAUUACAACCACACGUAUAUAUAUACCGUAUAAGAAUUGUGAUCUGCAGAGCUCAAAUCUCUUCUUCUUUGCUUUUCCUUCAGUUUCCAUGGAGAUAGAGCAGAGAAAGAUCAUGAAGAGAGAAGAAAAUGAAAACAAUAAUCAGCCCUCAUUACAAGAAGAGGGACAAGAAACAGAGGAAGAGAUGUCUGGGAGGAAGAUUGAACCAUGGACGAAGCAGAUAACGGUUAGAGGCGUGUUAGUGAGCAUAGUGAUCGGAGUUGUGUUCAGUAUAAUAGCUCAGAAGCUAAAUCUUACUACAGGAAUUGUCCCUCAUCUCAACAGUUCUGCAGCUUUCCUGGCUUUUGUCUUCGUCCAGACAUGGACCAAGAUUCUCAAGAAAUCAGGAUUUGUCUCAAAGCCAUUCACAAAACAAGAGAACACAAUGAUUCAGACAUCUGCUGUUGCUUGUUACAGCAUUGCCGUCGGAGGUGGGUUUGCUUCAUAUCUUCUGGGGUUAAACCAUAAAACAUAUGAGUUAUCUGGUGCGAACAUGGAGGGUAAUUCUGCGAAGAGUGUGAAAGAACCAGGUCUUGGUUGGAUGACUGCUUAUGUAUUUGCCGUUUGUUUCGUCGGUCUUUUCGUCUUGAUCCCUCUCCGUAAGGUUAUGAUUAUUGACCUUAAGCUGACAUACCCGAGUGGUUUAGCUAGUGCUGUGCUCAUCAAUGGCUUCCACACACAAGGAGAUGCACAGUCCAAGAAACAAGUGCGCGGUUUCAUGAAGUACUUCUCAAUUAGCUUCUUGUGGGGCUUUUUCCAGUGGUUUUUCUCUGGCUUAGAAGGUUGUGGGUUCGCUCAGUUCCCAACCUUUGGCUUGAAAGCUUGGAAACAAACGUUCUUCUUUGAUUUCAGCAUGACAUUUGUAGGAGCAGGAAUGAUCUGUUCACAUCUAGUUAACCUCUCUUUGCUUUUAGGAGCUGUCCUCUCUUAUGGCUUAAUGUGGCCUCUUCUUGAUAAACUCAAAGGCUCUUGGUUCCCUAAUAAUAUCGAUGAAAAGAACAUGAAGAGCUUAUACGGUUACCAAGUAUUCUUAUCCGUAGCUCUAAUCCUCGGAGAUGGUCUCUACACUUUCGUCAAGAUCCUAUGUGUCACCAUUAUCAGUAUCAACACAAAACUGAAGAAACAACCUAGUGAUCUUGAUGACGUGAGUGACAAGAAACAACCAAAAUUUCUCAAAGAAGAUGAGAAUUUCCUCAGAGACAAAAUACCGAUGUGGAUCGGAGUGUUCGGAUACUUAACCUUCGCUGCGGUCUCAACCGUCGUGGUUCCUCUGAUAUUUCCUCAGCUCAAAUGGUACUACGUUAUUGUAGCUUACAUUUUCGCGCCAUUUCUUGCUUUCUGUAACGCCUAUGGAGCUGGACUUACAGACAUCAACAUGGCUUAUAACUAUAGUAAAAUCGGUCUGUUUAUCCUCGCGGCUGUGUCGGGUAGAGAGGACGGAGUUGUGGCCGGACUAGCCGGGUGUGGACUGAUCAAAUCGGUUGUUUCGGUUUCUUGCAUCUUGAUGCAAGAUUUCAAGACGGCUCAUUACACGAUGGCGUCACCCAAGGCUAUGUUCGCUAGCCAAAUGAUUGGAACAGUCGUGGGAUGCAUCGUGUCGCCGUUAAGUUUCUUCUUGUUUUACACAGCGUUCGACGUUGGAAACCCUAAAGGAGAGUUUAAGGCUCCUUUCGCGUUGAUUUACAGGAACAUGGCGAUUCUUGGGGUGGAAGGCUUCUCUGCUCUGCCACUUCACUGUCUCCAAAUGUGCUACGGGUUUUUCGGGUUUGCAGUUUUGGUCAACGUCGUCAGGGAUGUUAGUCCGGCGAAGGUUGGGAGGUUCAUGCCGCUUCCGACGGCGAUGGCGGUUCCGUUUCUUGUCGGUGCUUAUUUUGCUAUUGACAUGUGUGUAGGAACUUUGAUUGUGUUUGUUUGUGAGAAGAUGAAUAGGAAGAAAGCAGAGGUUAUGGUUCCGGCGGUUGCCUCGGGGCUAAUUUGCGGCGAAGGGCUUUGGACUUUACCGGCGGCGGUACUUGCACUCGCUGGAGUAAAACCUCCGAUAUGUAUGAAGUUUUUAGCUUCAUGAAGGGAACUGAUCACUUAUGCAAUUAGAAGAAGUAAAGAGUUAUAUGAUCAUCCUAUUCUAAAUAUAAUAAGAAGACGUGUGAACAAGAAUCUAUCUUUCUUUUUAUUGGUAGGAAUUAGCAGGAACUAGGGUAAAAUCUACUUGCAUGGAGUCGUGAUAUAAUCAAAUAAUGUGAAGUUGUUUUUUUGCC